CAGCCAUGGAUCUCGAAGCUGGAAGAAGCAUUUGCUGGUACUCAGCCAACAAUGGGGGACAUUAAACGUCUUCUGGCAAACCUUCUUGGGGUACCGGCCAUGGAGGAGCUGUUACAGAAGGCUGGACUCCAUAGACAGGUUGGAACAACGGUGUAUGACGCAGYACUUUUUGCAGCAUACAGAGGACAGUUGUGGAGGGCUUUGAGAGCAACAUUUCCAGCUAAUGUUCAUCCAGAUAAUAUAAUCAUCUCACCAAUGGGGGAACAAGAGAAUGCAAGAGCGUAUGUGUUGAGAGCUCAUCAAGCCUGGAGGAAUAUUACCAGAAAUGACCCAGAUUUCAACCGUAUGGAACAGUCCAUUCUCAGGGCAAAGAUCCAAGAAGGGCUCCCACCACCAGUCAGGACCAAAUUGGCAGAGGUGGUUGGUUUGGGCAGCAUGAUGAGAAGUGUUUACACUGACUAUGUGGCACACCAGGUUGAUUUACAUCGUAAAAAGGAACAAGCUCAGGAACGACAAGACCAGGAGACGCUCAGAAAGCUUACCCAGAUGCAACUGAUGGUCAGUAAAUAUAAAGACAAGACUUGAGCUGUUGUAAUGCAAACCCAACAGAAUCAACCUCCACUGCCAUUU